AUGAAAAUCAAGGAACUGAAGAUGAAACUUUCUAAAGUUAGGGACUUCCGUAAAAUGAGUGUUGGGCUUGAGCAAUACAUGACGCCCCCAGAUAUAGCUGCAUCGAUGGUCAGUGUUGCUCACCACACAUAUGACGACAUUGAGGGAAAGUCCAUUUUGGAUCUAUGCUGUGGAACAGGGAUGCUGUCUUUUGCAUGUGGAUACUUUUCUCCCUCGUAUAUUCUUGGAGUUGAUUUGUGUCCAGAGGCUCUGGAGAUGUUCAGGCUAAAUAACUAUGAAUUUGGAAUCAACAUAGAUCUUCUGAGGUGUUCCAUUGACGAUCUUACUUUCAUCGAAGGUAGAUUUAAUACUGCGAUGAUCAAUCCUCCAUUUGGCACAAAGAUAAAGCAUGCAGACAUAAAGGCCGUUGACAAGGCUCUUGAGCUCUGCAACGUGGUGUAUUCCCUCCACAAAACAAGUACCAGGAAAUACAUAACUGCAAGAUAUCCAAAUGUAAAAGUUCUGGCAGAGAUAAAAUAUGAGCUUCCAAGGAAGCACGACUUUCACAAGAAGGACAAAAAGACCAUCAAUGUCGACUUCAUUCGAAUCCAAAGGCAUUGA